AUGGCUAGUCCUACCGUACUCGCUUUCGAUGCCGAGGGCCGUCCAGUGAAGUUCGAAACCUGGCUCGAUGACCUGCACCUUUUCCUACAGCUCACUGCCAAGGAGGAUAUCUCACUGUACGACCACGCCCUAGGCCAUGCUACUGCCCCUGACACUUCUGCUGACAGCACUCUGCGCUCCCAGUGGCAGACUCGUGACGCCCACACUCGCUUCGCUAUUCGCAACUCCCUACCGCUAGACGAGCGCGAGCACUUCGGCCAGUGCAAGACUGCUAAGGAACUGUACACAGCCGUAGUUGCUCGUUACUCCUCACCGGCCUCUGCUACACUAGGCCGCCUCUCACUGCCCUACCUGUUCCCCGAUCUGGCCUCCUUUCACACUGUUGCUGACCUCAUCACCCACCUCAAGACUAGUGAGGCCCGCUUUCGCGCUGCUAUGCCUGCCGAGUUCCUUGCUAGCAACCCCCCCCCGCUCUGGCUCACUCUCUACCACAUUGUCACCCGCCUCCCUGACUCUCUGCGCGCAGUCAGGGAUUCCUUUCUAGCUCGCUCCCCUACUGAGCUCACCAUUGCCCUCCUCGAGAAGGACCUACUUGCAGCUGAGGCGAGCAUCGUCGCCGUAGGUGCCUCUCGUGGCGAGCCCCGCACCCCCUUCUUUGAGGGGUGUUCCCCUUCCCCCCUUCUCCCCUCUGUCGCCUCUGCUGCUGCUGUCGACCUCCUUGGUGCUGAGAAGGUCGGGACCGCGUCUGCUCCGAGCGGGCGCCGCAGGAGCAAGGGGGGCAAGGGUGGAGGUGGCGGCGGGGGAGGCGGGGGUGGAGGCGGUGGGAGUGGAGGUGGGGCUGGAGAGGCUAGUGGCGGCAGUGGGGGUGGUGACAGCGGCGGCGGGGGUGGUGGCAGAGGCGGAGGUGGCAGCGGCGGCGGAGGUGGUCGUAGCGGCGGCAGGGGUGGAGGUGGCCGAGGCGGUGGCGGCGGCGGUGGUGGUCGUGGAGGCGCUGGCGGUGGCCAGAGUCAGCAGCCCGCCCCGUCGCUCCAGGAGGCACGUGAGUGGUACUCGCAGCGUGGCUUUACCUGCACGUACGUCAUUCGCACUGGUGACCGCACUGGCCAGCAGUGUGGGAGGCCGCACCCCACGCAGCGCUGCUUCGCGCGCCUUACCGACGCGUGGCGCACCCAGUUUCCUGGUGCCACUGAGCUACCCCGCUGGGCUGAUCUGGAGAGGAAGGGAGUUGAUAUCUGGGCUCUAGACUUUGAUGCUAUUCUCACUACCAUGUAUGCGAUGUUUACUAGUGGAGAGGGUGCUCAGUACUUGCGUGUUCCGCCCGACCCAGGCAUUCUGACCAGUCCGGCCGCCGCUCUAGGUGCUAGUGAGUCUGCUGCCCCAGGUCCUGGUGAGGCUGCUGCUCUAGGUGCUUGUGAGUCUGUGCCCCCUGGUACUGAGUCGACUGCAGCACUGCACACCUUCACACUGGACUCAGGUGCUUCUCGCUGUUUCUUUCGUGACCGCACUGUCCUUGAGCCACUCGCUCGGCCAGUUGCGGUCUCCCUAGCUGACUCCUCUGGGGGUCCGGUCAUUGCGACCUCCUCCACUGUCCUUCCUUGUCCUGCGGUCCCGUCAGGCACGCUGUCAGGUCUCUACCUCCCCUCGUUCUCUACGAACUUGGUAGCAGGUCGAGCGCUCCAGGACGGGGGUGUUCACCAGUUCACCCCUGCCUACGAGCGCGUGACACACUGCACGUGUACUCGCACGGGUCGCCACCUGGCUACCUUCACUCGAGAGCCGAGGACGGAUCUGUACACACUGACCACUGAGUCCCCUCAGGUAGCUGCGUCUGCGUCUGCGUCAGGUCAGCUGUCCGCCCCCUGCUCGUGUCGCUCUCUGGCGCAUGAGACUGUCCUCUGGCACCACCGCCUUGGUCACCUGUCUGUGCAGCGCCUUCGGGCCAUGCACAAACGGGACCUUGUUGCUGGUCUUCCCAGGGUUCUCCCUCCCCUCCCACCCUCGCCUGCUCCUCCCUGUCUUCCCUGUGUCGAGGGGCGGCAGCGCGCCGCUCCUCACUCCUCCUCCUUUCCCCCGACGACUGCUCCUUUGCAGACGCUCCACAUGGACGUGUGGGGCCCAGCCCGCGUCCGUGGUCAGGGUCAAGAGAGGUACUUCCUGAUUGUUGUUGACGACUUCUCGCGCUACACCACGGUCUUCCCUUGCACGCCAAGGGUGACGUCCCUGAUGUCUUGA